UUCCAAUAUCUAUCAUGUCUCACAUUCGCAGAUUGGGUGGUGGUCGCCGAAAGAAUGUCAAGAAGGGAUUUCAAUUCACCUUGAUGGUUGUUGGUGCCUCUGGAACUGGUCGAACAACAUUCGUUAACACCCUCUGCGGUUCAAAAGUACUGAGCAGCAAAACAUGCGACAAUCCGGAAGAGGCUCAUAUUGAGGAUGGUAUCAAAAUCCGACCUAUUUCAGUGGAACUUGACGAGGACGGUGUCAGAAUUUCACUCACCAUUGUUGAUACUCCUGGCUUUGGCGACAACAUCGAUAAUGAAAAGUGUUUCCAAGAAAUUGUUGGGUACCUCGAGACUCAGUACGACGAUAUUUUGGCUGAAGAAUCGCGCAUCAAGCGUAACCCUAGAUUCCGUGAUAAUCGUGUUCAUGCUUUAUUAUACUUUAUUCAGCCAACAGGGCAUGCUUUGAGAGAGAUCGACAUUGAGUUGAUGCGCCGCCUGAGUCCACGCGUCAAUGUCAUUCCUGUCAUCGGGAGAGCUGAUUCUCUCACUCCACAAGAGCUAACAGACUUCAAGAAGAGGAUCAUGGAGGAUAUUGAGCACUACAACAUCCCAAUUUAUAAUUUUCCUUUUGAUAUCGAAGAAGACGAUGAAGAUACCGUUGAAGAGAAUAGCGAACUAAGGGAUUCAUUGCCUUUCGCCAUUAUAGGCAGUGACGACUUCAUUACAAUGAACGGUGCUCGGACCAAAGGACGUCAAUAUCCAUGGGGUGCUGUUGAAGUUGAUAAUCCUGAGCACUCGGAUUUCGCCAAGCUUCGAUCUGCUUUGUUAAGUUCUCAUUUGCAAGAUUUGAAGGAGAUUACUCACGAUUUCUUGUACGAAAACUAUCGAACCGAAAAACUGAGCAAGAGUGACGACCAGAUCGAUCAACCAGAUACGUCUUUCAAAGUAGAUGAAAUUGCGAAUCAAAAUGUACGUCUGAAGGAAGAACAGCUCAAGAAAGAAGAGGAGAAGCUGCGUGAUAUCGAGUUCAAGGUGCAAAGAGAAAUUCAAGAGAAGAGGCAAGAGCUACUGGCAAAAGAAGAAGCUCUUCGUUCUCUUGAAGCUCGUUUAGCAUCUACUCAAGUUGCUGAUGCUUAGAGAAAUGAGAAAAUUGAUUGUGUAGUGCAAUUUGUGAGUCAUGAACCCAAUUUCGAGUACAGUUUGCUUUAUGCUAUAACAUUUUU